GACCAAGAUAACUCACAGUUUGUUUAAGUUCUUGCCCUUUUGACCGGCGCGGGUGAACAGUGUUUUCUUAACGCCCGCGAAAAUAUGGAAAUUACGCAAUUAAAGCUUCUAUUAGGGAAAAAAUAAGUGCGCGUGGACUUUCAUUGCAUUAACACCUCGUAAAAAAGGCUGACUAUUCUGAAGAAAUAUACUAAAUUAAACGAAGCAAAACUGCAUCUCUUAGAAUUGAAUUUCAAAUGAUUUGCAGAGGCGAAUUGCAUUGUGACCUUAAAUUUUGGUUGUCGAUCCGUCUGAUGAAACUGUAUGCAACUUCAGUAAUUUUAGAGUUGAGAUAUCCGUAAACUGUAGAACUUGCUUAAUUUCUAUCGAGAGCCAUUCUUGUUUCACAGCGUCGGUUUGAACGAACAAUAGUACUAAAACAAACAAAUUCAGGCACGAAAAAUAAACUAUUUCUCUUGAAAAUGGCGCGGUUAAUUAGGAUAGCUGUCCGUGUUGUUUUAUUAGCGUCCAACAAACUUAUUUACCUAGACAUUUCAAGUUUUUAAAGCAAUAUCAGCUUAUCUGGCUUAAUUAAAUGUCCCAUCAGUAUUAACGGAGCCUCCUUUACUAAAUUACUUGAAAUGAGCAUGGCACGGAGCGUAAAUUGCCUUUGUAAAAGUGCUAAAACAAAACCUAUAAUUCGUUUAAAAGAUCCCCUCAAAAAAACAAGUAAAAUUAAUUUUAAAAAGUUCGUAGUAUCACUUAUGAAAUGCUUUACACACAACGAAGUACUUUCUCUUCAUAUCGAAAUUUCAAAGUAGUGUUACGUAUAUUGAUCGGCGUUUUCGAAUGUGUAGUUUGCCCUGUUUUCAACAAUACUGUACGCUUUAAAACAAUAUUCGUUAGCUUAUCUGAGCCGCUAUUUUGCGAGGGGCUGUCUUUUAUAAAUGUACCUGUAUGACUCGUGAUCUUAGCUUAAGAGAAACACCUGAUUCUUUGUCCAAAUUCGUCCCCUGAUCAGCGCCACCUGCGUCCCUAAAACUGUUUAAACUCGAGCUGAAUGGGCAUUCGGUGAUCGUAAUUAAGUUGGCAAGCCAGUGUUAUGCUAAUGAACAAGAUUGGCGCCUCGUGCGGCCCAUUCAACUGUGUCAAGGUCCAUUGAAGCGUACACACAAUAGUAAACGUCACAAAGAAGACGUUGGAAACAACACUGGCUGUACUCUGUUGGAUUGUCAAAACAGCCCCAAGCUCUUUAGCAGUGAAACGCAAGUUCGUGCGCUGAGAACCGCCAGAAAGCCACUUUUUCGCAACUAAUUGAGCUAGGCCGCUUAGAAACCGUUCAAAUCACCUCGGAGGAACGUUUCAAGGCAAGAGAGGCAGUAUUUGGAGAGCAAAAGCUUGAAAAUCCGUUUUCCCGCCUUUUUUCAAUUACUCAGCAAGAUUUUACUACGAAGGAAGUAGGGGAAAGUAGAUCUGUUCGCAUUGAUAGACGCGUGGCCAGUGAGUCGUGAACAACAAGAACAUGCCUUCAGCGAAGAGUCCACGAUCUACGCCGUCCCACUCGGUCGAUCAGAAACUGCUCCGUACCAAAGAGGUUGUGAUUCACCGAAGUUCUAAGAAGAACAACAGUUGUCAAUGUUGCGGAAAGCGGCUUGUAGCUCUGCCGCUACUUGGGUUCACGAUAUUUUCCAUAGGUUGCCUCCUCGGAAUUGGCUACUUUAGCAUCCAUCGAGUAACGUCGUCCGCCUACCACACAGAAGGGCUCAUACCGUCCUACAUAACAGGAGCUGUGCUGGGUGUAGUUGGCUUACAACUGAUGCUCCUGUGCAAGCCACGGUCAAAAGUACUGAUCGUUUCUGCGAUCAUUUUCACUGUUGCCGCGGGGUUGCUUUGUUUCGCUGGAGCGCUGUAUACUGGAACUGAAAUAGCGCCGCUCCUUGCCAAGAUGGACAGCUGUCAAUAUUUUCCUGUUGAGAACUCAUGCAAGUGCUUUCAUCAGACUGAGCUGCGACAAGUGUCAAUCAUCUUCAGAGACACCGCCAAUUGCAACGGAAUCCAGAAGAAGCUCCGAGACCUUGUGUACGGCAUGAGCGGUGUGUACAGUGGAGGACUGGUCGCCUGCAUUGUGGCUGCUGUCAUGGAGACACUGCUGUUGUGUCGAAAAAGAAAGUCUAAGGCUACGCUCCACUCCAGAUCGGACGGCGAUGGCAAAUGCACUGUGAAUUCGCGCCAGUCUCAAACGUCGCAAACAGACCUCAGCGUCAUCGAAGAAGAAGACGUUGAACUCGGAGCUGCAGAAGUACAACGUUCCACCAUCGACACACAAACCAGUCAAUCACCGACGAACUUUGCUCGAGAAGUGCCUUGCUCUCAUUACGUGGUGGAUAUGAGCAUACCGCGAAGAGACUAUGUCAUCAAUUACAAUUCAAACUCCAGGCAUGACCCACCCCCUCCGUACACCGAGUAGAAUUGUGGUUUGGAUGGCUGACAGGAAACUAGAGGACCUCCGAGCAAAACGGGAGAAUUAAUUAAACAAAGUUGUCCUGUUCUUGAGAAAACUAUCCUUGGCUAAUUGAAGCAAAUAUUAUCUCAGCAAACCUCUCAAGUUGAAGAUGACUCAGUGAUAAAGCGGUAUUGAGUACCGUCUAUGUCUGAUCUGAAGCUACCUCCAGCAUUCGCCUGAACAUAGGUAAUGGCCAUAGAAUGUAAGCGUCUCACUUGCGAAAGAAAAGAGAAAAACAGUAUAUGCUAGAUAAAAAGCGCCAUCUGUGAACAGAGGCAAGACCCAUAUUGAGAAACUCCGAGAGCUCCAUAACGUAGCCUAAAAUAUAAUUCUAAUCAAUUGAGCUAAAAUUUAGUUCGCAAAUCUUCAGCGUCCUGAAAUAGUACGGCCUGUAGUGAACAAUGUAAAUAGACAUGUAAAUAAAAGAACGGAAAAUGUAAGAAGUUCUAUGACUUCCGAAAAAUAAUUUGAAAUAUAGUUUAAGAUAUAGUUGUAAAUGAACAAAUAUUUCUUUUUCACAAAACGCUAAACAGACUUGCUUGUUCUUAUAAAUUUUCCGGUCCAUGGGCCCUGUCAACAUUUACUGACUAGUAAAAGCGCUGAUCACACAACUUAUUUGAAUCGGCUUUCAAUUUUUAAUAAACACUGAUAGCAUUUAUUGUGAUAUAUUUUCGUAGCAUCAUAUUAAACGUAAAUAACUUUCUCUUGUAAAGCCGUCUUUAGAUAAUAAAUAUUAAAACUGUUGUA